AUGGCCGCCGCAGCACCACCGCCACCACCAGCACCAGCCCCCGAGCCCAAUCUCACCCUCCCAGAAGACCACCCGAUCGGCCACCCACUCUUCGCCCGAAUCCGGCUAGCCACACCCACCGACGUCCCCCACAUCCACAAACUCAUCCACCAAAUGGCCGUCUUCGAACGCCUUACCCACCUCUUCUCCGCCACCGAAUCCUCUCUCUCCUCCACCCUGUUCAACCCCAACAACCCACCCUUCCACUCCUUCACCGUCUUCAUCCUCGAAGUCUCCCCCAACCCCGUACCCUCCACCACUCACCCCCACUUCACUCCGAUCCUCAAAACCAUCAAUCUCGAUCUACCCAUUACCGACCCAGAACAGGAAAUCUUCAAAUCGCAUGGAAACAACGUCGUUGUUGCUGGGUUUGUGUUGUUUUUCCCGAAUUAUUCGACUUUUUUAGCGAAGCCAGGGUUCUAUGUGGAGGAUCUUUUCGUGAGAGAGUGCUAUAGGAGGAAAGGGUUGGGAAAGAUGCUAUUGUCUGCGGUGGCGGCUCAGGCGUCGAAGAUGGGGUAUGGGAGGGUGGAGUGGGUUGUGCUGGACUGGAAUGUGAAUGCCAUCAGGUUCUAUGAGGAAAUGGGAGCGAAAGUUCUGCAAGAAUGGAGGAUCUGUAGGUUGACUGGAAUGUUUCUGUAAGCGGACAAAAUUCCUUCUAUCCUCUGGGAACGGUGUUGCCCUUCCUCGAGUCAAGUUUCCGG